UCAGUUGACAGCCGCCGAGACACCGAGACCACCAAGUAGGGUGUAGAAAUAGAAAGAAACAGGUUUAUUUUCAGGAAAAUAAAGCUAUGUUGAAAGGAAUGCGGUGUCUUAGUGCCCCAAUUUCAGCGCGAGACCGGCGAGCAUGAAAAGUGCAGUGCGUGCCGGUGUGCUUUUCAAGUUAUGUUUCACUUAGUUCGUUUGAAAUAGUCGGUCUGGUUUGUUGCAAGUGUCAUCAACAAAACACGGAUUACAUCAACACUACCAGCAAAACACAAACAAUUUACAGAAAAAUGAUCAAGCGACACAAACCAGACACGACAUAGCCUCGGUCGAGGUGCGACGAUGACUUCCAGGCCCAGUUCGGGUGCCAAAACGUCGACCGGACACAGAAGGGCCGAAUCGGGGGGAGGACACCACAGGCACAGCUCGUCGGGAUCCGGACACCAUCGAUCCGAUUCGGGGCAGAGCUUCGAUUCCGAGUACCACCGAGAGCGCAGGCACGGACACCAUCGGUCCAAGUCGGGCGUGAGCGAGAGGGAGAGACUCGAUUCCAAUGGGUCGCAAUUAUCCAAUAAGUUGGAAUUCCGGUCCGCCCAAGGCCUCCACAGCGACGGCCACCACUACGCGAGACCGACGUCCCUCUACCCGCUGCGGACCGACGGCUUAGCCCUAGGCCCCGACGCCCUCCAGCCCGAGCGCGAGCCCAUCAGAUUCGACGUAAACCUGGUGGGGGCGCCGCCCGAGGUCGAGCAGCUGGUGAACAACAUCAAGCAAGUCGCCGAGCAGUUUCUCUACCACUGGAGAACCUUCCCCAUAAUCCUUCCAAGUCCCGUUUCGCAAUGCGAUUCGUUCCCGACGUCGCAACUCGCAUCCGAUGGGUCUCUAGGUAGAUGCAAGACGAAGUAUCACUUGCGCGAUCUCUUUGUAGCGCCCUCUUUCGACGAGCUAGACGCUGUCGCUGUCGAUGGUAAAGGUGAGCCGAGGCGGUUGACGGGGAAGCAGUUGGAGUAUAUAAGGGAGCGAGGCUUGCACAAGGAUAAGUUCGGAAAGCCAAAACGAUUGAACCUGCAACAACUAGAAUCAAUUAGGCGCCAGGGCGAGUUUGAGGUAGAGUCUUUGAAUUUUCCCGGCCAGCAACACCGAUGGAGGCUGUCGCAGCUGCUGCAGAAGGGCACGGAGAAGAGCAGCGAUUCGCUCUUGAACGAUCUGGCGUUAGCGCUGCGGUUCAUCGCCGUGACGGCGAAGGGCCGGCUUCUGUCGCACUUCUUCAGCGUCUCGGAGGCCCUGAAGGCGCUGUUGGCGGGGCUGUUGAGGAUUCUGGAUCUGGUCUUCGGGAUACCCAGUCUGCAGGCUCAUAACCUAGAUGCCAAAAUUAGGGAAGAGAGGACCAAGUAUUUGGUGGCGGAACUGGUGUGUCGGCCGGAAAACGAAGAAUCCUUGGAGCAUCUGUGUUCGUACAUCCGCAAACAAUUACGUCGAGCAGCUACAGAAAAAUUCGAAGUCACUAAAGAAUGCUCGCAGCCGCCUGUCGCCGUUCCUUACAGGUUCCUGACGCCUUCGGGAUCAGAACUGGAUUUGAGGUUAUGGGAGAGAAGUCUGAUGAGAAGGGCUCUGCCCACAUUAGUAGCUAUUUUAGAGAGGGAGACCAGGGGGUGGUUUUUACACUUUCGAGAAAGACUGAUUGCUGAGUUAAGAGCUCAAAAAAUGCCCGACGAAGAUAUAGAACGGGAAGUGAACGAUGCUGUUAUGAAGGAGUAUCUGCAGAGGGUUUAUAACAGCAUUCUUUCUCAUCCAGAUAUUUUAAGUUUAGGAGAAGGGAUUGCUCAACUUUUAGUACAACAAGCCCAAAGCGUAGUUUUAAUGCAUAGAGCAGUCGAAAACGUACAACACCGUCUUUCAAAAUCUCAGGAAGAAAUAAAAACUCGUCUCUGCAAUUCUCAUCCGGUAUUGUCUAGAAUAGAACCCUGGUUACGAUCUCGUCUACGCUCAGCCGAACUGAAAUUCAGCCAAGAAAACCAGUGGAGCGCCCAUGAAGAUGCUCUCUCAUUAUGCAACUCGAAACGUCUCCACCAAACCGUGUAUUUCCUCAACCGCGACCUCGCCUUCAUGAAAGAAAGAGAACCCGCCUUGUUGAGAGAACUGCGCAAGGUCAAAACGCCCACCCGCUCUUUUUUAUGGCCCACCCAAAUCUGGCUGCCCACCAACUGGAUCGUCCGCAGGAACUUCCAGGGUCAGUCCGAGAUCGUCCCGACCGUGCUCAGCAAACAAGCCACCAGCAUCACGACGCCCCGCUCCGAUCCCAGCCAGCCCGUUUUCCUGGUGGAGAAAGAGAUCGUCCGGACGACGACGACCCGGUGGCCGCUGUGGCGCAUCUUCAACUACUUCCACCGGACCUGGUGCUGGACGUGGAACGCCAUGUUCUUCUUCGGCAUCGUGCUGCCGUGGUGCAGCCCGGUGGGCCUGCGCGCGCUGCUGUGCCUCGAACCGUUCAUGCCCGACCUCGAGCUGUCGCAGGUCAACGGCACACUCUUCCCGCGGAAGAGCAGCCUGACGUCGACGCUGUGCUCGCGCCUGAUCAGCCUGUGGCGGCACAUCUCCAAGUCGCGGACGCACUUCGAGACCAAGCCGGACACCGGCUUCAUAGGGAAGGGGUUCACGAGACACUUGAAUAGGAUAUGGAAUUACUUUUUUAAGGGGCUGUUUGGGACGAUCAUUUUGGUUGUGAUUUUUCCCGUGGUGUGCGUGGCGGUCAUCGCGGCGAGCGUUUUCGUCGCGCUGACGGCGGUGGCGUGGAUGCCGGUGCUGACCUUGGCGGUGCAGGUCACCAACGCCGUGAUCUACGACCUGGACAGCCCGGUGCAGCAGAGGAACCGGUUGUUCGUGCUGUUCGAGGCGCUGAUGUGGAAGAUCGGGCUGCAGGGGUGCGUGCAGCCGGUGGCGGCGCUGCUGGUGGCGGCGGUCGUGUGUCCGGCGAUUUCGUUGGUCAUCUUGGCAGGUGGCAUCGCCCGCUACUGGUUCCGCCUCUUCUGGGACACCACCAUCUUCCACCUCAUAAUUAAAAAACGCGGCCGGAUCCCCGCCAGCGACAGUUUCGUGGUGAAGCGCGUCGCCGGCCCCGGCUUAGCCUCCGACUACUACUUCCAGAUCAGUCCCGAGCAGGCCCUCGCCGCCUUCGAGGCCAAAAUGGAGUGGGAUGAGCUCGCCGCCUACCAGUCCGUGAUCGAAAACACGAUCAUGCAGCCGCAGCGCGACUUCAGCCACUUCGUGGAAGCCUGCUUCGGCAGCUUCUCCACACAGCUGGCCAAGAACGGCCCCUACAAGAACCUGGAGAAGGAAGCGCAGGACCUGAUGACGGUCCUCCACGAGAAGCUCGAGAGGCGGCGCCGGGACCUCCAGACCGGGUUGAGCGUGACCGUGAAGAGCAAAAUCAAGCUGGAAACGUCGGAGCUGAAAAUCGCCAUCCAGCAGGGGGCGCUGAUGCUGGAGAGGUUCUACCCGACGCACAUUUUGCCGAAACUGGGCUGCAGUGAGGACCAGUUCUGGGACAAUCGGGCGCUGAGUCCUGGGGAUUGGGCCGGGUUGGCUGGGUUGCUCUACUCGGAGCUGUUCAGUCUGGAUAUCCUGACGCCGCUAGACCAUACCGAUACCAGUUUUCGUCUGGAUCCUCACCCACAAGCGGACUUGUCGAGGUACACGGAGAUGGUGCAGUGUGCCCAGUUGGGAGCCCGAGGACCGGAUCUCCUAGGGAAUGUGUAUACACCGAGGGGGAACAUCCAAGUGCAUUCGCCAUACUUGGAAGUGUCUGCGUUCAAUCCGAGGUCCAAACAAGCGACGACGGUGAAGAAGUGCGAAAAAAAGUCGGAAUCGACGACGGUCCUGGGGUCCAUCAGGAGUACGACGGGGUCGACGAUUUGGACGCCUUGGAAGAAGCACUCGCGACCGUUCGCUCCCGACAAGAUGGUGAUUCCGUUACCGGUUCCGCACCCGGCCCAUAUUGCCGUAACGAUAUUUAAUCGGGAUUCGGAUGACCCGAUUCCGUUGGAGUCGGACAUCUGCCAAAGUAUUUUACGGGGGAUCGAGGAAAGUCAUAUCUCGUUGGACGAAUCGGGCAUCAACAGGUAUAAGGGCGGCGGCGACUCGUUUGAAACCAGUUCGAGUUCGGACACAGUCGAGAGCCCCCACAAUGGCGCCGAGCCCCCACCAAGUCAAUCCAACCGUAACUCAUCGGACGGGGUCUACCAGUGGACUUUAAACAACUGGGGCCAACGCAAACGUAAUAAUUCAGGUAGUGUUAAGGUCGAUCUGGCGAGUCCGGAGGACGUCACCUUAGACAGCGAUAGUACUAGGGUUGUUUUCAGUACGUACGGCACGACCGUUUGAUAAAGUCAUGUACAUGUGAUUCCGCAUAAUCCAAUCUGAUUGGUUGAAACGUAUCUUAAGUUGAAACAUCCAGUUCCCGUUAUUUAAUAAUCAUUGACAACAAGUGUGAUAUUUUUUUAAGUUAUGUACAAGCGUCAGACAUCACAGGAUCUAGUUAUGUUGAAAAAACAUAGUUUGGCAUUUCGUGGGCCGAAAGGCAUAUCAGACGACUCAGCAGUAGUACAAUUGACAGCAUAAAAGUAUUAAAUGUUGAAUUAGCGCUGUAGUAGUUUAAUUUAAGUAAACAGAUCGUGGCGCAGAGUUGCAAAUUCGUCUAUUUUUUGUACUUUAAGAAAUCAAAGUUUUCUUUUGCUACACGGUGAGAGUUGUUUUAUUUUACAAAAGCUUUCUGUGAAUAAUAACGCAAGUUUUAAAAGUUAGUAGGGUAAGGGCAUAAAGUUUAAAUAUUUAUUAGCUAGUAAUAAAACUGCACGUAGAGGUAAAUUUUUUAUUUGAGAAAAUGUCCAUUGCACUUAAUAGAAGUUUGUAUAGUCUGUAUUUAUGAAGUUUGAAUCGAAUAAAAGUAUCUACCUACAUUCUAGUGAGGCAGGAUUACCUAGGAGUUAUGAAACAGCAUAGCAAUAAUUUGCUGAUAAUUACGUGUUUUUGAUUUCCAUCGUUAUCCAUCUAGUUUUUUCUAUUACCAGGAAGUUGCAAUUUUCGACUAGUUUCUGGUAAUUCUAUUAAAACUAGUCACUGAAACACCUGUCCAUAACAAGUAGCUUAUGACGUUUAAACGAAUUUUCCACCUAGAUAUUUGUAGCGCCGACCCGUUUAUAAAAAUUAACUCGUCAAUUGUCAAAUUUUCUUGGUAUCUUUCCUUGUGUCGUUUUUAUUUGUGUGUGGUCAAUUGAAGAGGUUCAAUCCGACGUAAUUGCAGCAUCACCUGUUCCUUUAUUACUCGUUUCGCUGUAUGAACUUGUUCCGUUGACUUUUUUAUAUGUACAAUUUGUAUUUCUUUUUUAUCUAAUUGUAUCUUUAUUGCUUGCUUGUGUUUAAUUGUACUAUAUUUGUAAAGCUAAAUUUUGCUACGUUUGUGUUUACUCAGAAAUAUAAAGCUUUAAGACUG